UUCUUAUUGUUCAAGCUGCGGUUCUAUUUAUUAUGGCCGAGUCAUUAUCAAUUGAAGAAACAAAUGCUCUUCGUGAAAAAUUGGGACUUCCACCUUUAGCUGUUGGAGGUAGUUCAGACGACGAAGCCGUCGACCCAGAAAGAGAUGCUUACGAGAACUUCCAGAAAUUACAAAAAGAGAAAGAAAAAGUUAAAAAAGAAGAAGAAUUAAAGCAAAAGAUUGAAAAAUCCCAAAACCGCAAAAGAAACCUUGCUAAACUUCAAGGCAAAGGUCUUGGUGAAGCAAGUGAUGAUGAAGAUGAUAGCGCUCUGAAUUGGAUUAAAAAGAGUCGAAAGCGAGAAAGAGAUUUAGCAGCACGUAGAGCACGCGAAUUGGAAGAAAUGGACAAGGCAUAUCAAAACUAUGACGCUAAUGACCUUUCUGGUCUUAAAGUGAGCCACGCUUUGUCUGAAUUCGAAGAAGGAGGUGAGACUAUUUUGACACUCAAGGACCGUAGCAUUCUUGGCGAAGACGAUGAUGAUGCAGAUGAAUUGAGCAACGUUAACCUUGAAGAUCGCGAACGACUGAAAAAGAAUUUGGAAGCCAAGAAACAAAAACCAGGUUAUAAUCCUUAUGACGAUGAUCAAUUCAGUGGUAAGAAGCAAAGUAUUCUUCCACAAUACGAAGAUGAACAAGAAGAAUCUGGUUUUGUUAUUGGCAAGGCUGGUAUAAUUAAACCCAAGGUGGAGCAAGAAGACGAAAAGAGUGUGUCUCAAAAAGUAAAAGAACAGACACUUUCUUAUGAGAAGAUGCAAGAAAUCAAAGACUAUUAUACCCGAGAGGAAGCUGAUGCUAUAUUUAAAAAACCCAAAUCAAAGAAGAAGAAGAUGAGAAGAAAGAACGAAGAUGAAGAUGAUAUUCAGCCAAUUAUACAGCCUCAAGAAACAGCUCCUAGACAACGUACAUUGGAUCCUGAUGCUAAUUUUGUAGAUGAUGACGAUCUUCAAGAAGCCCUCGCUCGCGCAAGAAGAGUUGCUAACAAGCAAAAGAAUAAAUUGCUCAAGAAAAUGACACCUGAAGAAAUUGCCAAGCAAUUGAGAGAAGAAGAAGAUCAGAUCAAAAAAGAAGAAGAGGAUGAAGGUGGUCUUGUAUUGUCUGAGACAACUGAAUUUGUCAAUUCGCUUGGUAACAUAAUUCCUACUUUUACUGCUAGAGAACCACCAGCAGCCAAGUCAAAAUCUACGCCUGUUCCUGAACAAGAAGAAGAAGAAGAAGUCAAGGUCAAGAUUGAACCUGAAUAUGAAGUACAUGAUUUAGAAAACUCGCCCGAAAAACAUGUUAAAUUUGAAUAUGCUGAUACAGAAAUGGAAGAAGCACCUGUCAAAGAAGAGCCUAAAGAAGAAGUUAUUGUUGAAGAGCCUUUAGUGAGUCGUGGUCUUGCAGCCACACUGUCAUUACUUAGUCAAAAAGGUGUGAUUGCUAAACCCACUGAAGAACAAAUUCGACGAGACAAAAUUGCUGCUGAACAAAUCAGAUGGCAAAAUGAACAGCGUAAAAAGGAGCACUUGCGUGCCUUGGAGGAACAGCGUGAAAAAGAACGUCGUCGUCGUGGUAGAGGCAGAGAUCAAAACAGUGACCGCAUGAAAGAAUUGGAACGUGAAAGAGAGCGUGAAAAGGAGCGCGAAGAAGAGAGACGUAUGCGUGAAUACAUUCAAGCCAUGGAGAAUUAUAAGCCAGAAGUACAUUUAGAAUACACUGAUGACACUGGCCGUGUAAUGAAGACAGCAGAAGCGUUUAGAUACAUGUCUCACAAGUUCCAUGGUAAGACUUCAGGAAAAUCAAAGACUGAGAAGCGUAUGCAAAAGGUAGAAGAAGAACGUCGCUUGAAUAUGAUGAGUAGUACAGAUACACCUCAUAACUUGGCUCAUGCUUUGUUGGAAAGACAACAACGUACGGGUAAUGCCCAUGUUGUUCUCAGUGUUGGUAACAGAGGUGUUGUUCCUUCUUCAGCACCUUUAGCAGGUGCUUCCUCAUCUAAAUCCUCUAAUAAGAAAUAAAUAUAAAUCUUUUUUAUUUGAA